CCAUUUCACUUUGGCCCUCUGCUCUUCCUAUCCCAGCCCACUGCCCAUCUUUGGGCUUCCUCAGGCCCCUGGCCUGCAUGAGCCAAGUGAUGCUGACAUGGGGAUGCCACCUGGAUCCCACUCUGCAUGAACCUGGGCUGCACGGCGCAAGCAGCUCUCUCCCUGUGGCCACAAGGCCAGCCCAGGUGGGAGGAGAGUUGGGAGCUGGCCUCGGGUUUGGGCCCAGCCACUUGCUGCAAUAUUGAUGGCCCGUCAGUGCGGCCCUGAUUCUUGUGCUUUCAGUUAAAAGGUUUCUGUUGUUGUAGCUUAUGCAGUUGCUCUGUUGCUAUGGAAACGUGACAUCAAAAUGACGUUUCCCGUUUAAAAGCUUUUAACUAAAUUCCUGCCUGUCAGAUGUAGGCCCCAUUUUGAGCGUGGAGCUGCCUGCCUCAAGCAAGCGACUGAGCGAGCGCGCUGCCUCCCGCCCAUGGUGCGCUGGCCAGGCCUGGGGCCCCACCUGAGCGCCAUCCUUAACCCUGCAGGUGCCUCCAGCAUGGCGGCGGCCGAAGUGCCCAGCUACCUUGUGUCUCCUCAGACUGAGAAGCACCGGCGGGCCCGCAACUGGACUGACGCUGAGAUGCGUGGUCUCAUGUUUGUCUGGGAGGAGUUCUUCGAUGAGCUCAAGCAGACCAAGCGCAACGCCAAGGUGUAUGAGAAGAUGGCCAGCAAGCUCUUCGAGAUGACUGGUGAGCGCCGGCUGGGUGAGGAGAUCAAGAUCAAAAUCACCAACAUGACCUUCCAGUACAGGAAAUUAAAAUGCAUGACAGAUAGCGAGUCCGUCCCGCCGGACUGGCCCUAUUACCUAGCCAUUGAUAGGAUUCUGGCCAAGGUCCCUGAGUCCUGUGAGGGCAAACUGCCGGAUGGCCAGCAGCCGGGGCCCUCCACAUCCCAGACUGAGGCGUCUCUGUCGCCGUCCGCUAAGUCCACCCCUCUGUACUUACCGUAUACCCAGUGCUCCUACGAAGGCCGCUUCGAGGACGAUCGCUCCGACAGCUCCUCCAGCUUACUGUCCCUUAAGUUCAGGUCGGAGGAGCGGCCCGUGAAAAAGCGCAAGGUGCAGAGCUGCCACCUGCAGAAGAAGAAGCUGCGGCUACUGGAGGCCAUGCUGGAGGAGCAGCGCCGGCUGAGCCGCGCCAUGGAGGAGACCUGCCGCGAGGUCCGCCGUGCGCUGGACCAGCAGAACAUCCUGCAGGUGCAGGGCCUGCAGCUCCAGGAGCGCAUGAUGAGUUUGCUCGAGAGGAUCAUCGCCAAGUCCAACGUCUAGGCGCCGCGGGCAGCGGGGGCGUGCGGCCCGCCAUCUGACCCGCCUGGGCCGCGGGUGGCUCCAGCCUGGCCUCGGGGGCUGCUCCCGGUAGGACUUUCCCUUCCCGGGGGCUUUUCCAGGACCCCACAGGCCAGGGGAGCCGGGGACCCAUCUCCAGCAUGAACGCUGUUCUUCCACACAGGCCAGGGACUCCAGAGUCACGCCUAGUUAGAAUGUUCUAGAAUCCACUGUCCAGCAGAGUCACUACAGUGGUACUGGAAAUAGCUUUUGAUAUUAAACUUGUUCUUUUUACCAUGGCUGGAAGCAGAGUGGGCUUUCUCUGACUUGAAGGGGCAGCACCAGGCUGAUCUGUCCUGCAAACGAAGCAAAUGGUGAGAGGUCAGGUGUAGGUUGGCACUUGGGCAAGCUCUUCCAAAGGGGAAGCUCCCACAUCUUCCUCCAGGG